GGGGGUUUGGUUGCUGUCGACAGCCCUGCAGCCCUAUAGAUAAAUAAAGCAAGCCCCCCUCAUUUAUCCCGGGUUAAAUAACCGUGCCGGAAGAUGGUGGCCAAGCAGAGGAUCCGCAUGGCCAACGAGAAACACAGCAAGAACAUCACGCAGAGAGGAAACGUGGCCAAGACGCUGCGACCACAGGAGGAGAAGUAUCCUGUGGGUCCCUGGCUGCUUGCCCUCUUUGUAUUUGUUGUGUGUGGAUCAGCCAUAUUUCAGAUCAUCCAGAGCAUUCGAAUGGGGAUGUGAUCCAGAAGGAGCCUCCAGAGACUCCCGUCCCCGUCCUCCUCCUCCUCCUCCUCCUCCUCCUCCUCCCCCCUCAUGCCCUCACUGAGCCUGGCUACCUGCACCUGCACACCCCCCUCCUGCUCCCCCGGCCCAGAGACUGACGCCAAAGCUUCGGAUCCAACAGACCUCAGAAAGAGAGAGAGAGAGAGAAGCUCCCCCCCCCAACUUCCUCUUCCUCCUCCACCACCUCCUUUACCUCCUCUUCCUCCUCGGGACGUCUCCCCGCCCUCGAUCAGCGUUUACAGUGUUGCAGUCUGUGGUACUGACAGCUUUUCUAUGGACAGUCUGAAACCACGCCGGCACGAGAACAUGUGUCUCAUUGCUCACUCGGCACCUUUAUGUGUGUGUGUGUGUGUGUGUGUGUGUGUGUGUGCGCGGUGCAGUGAUUCCUGCUGACUAUGUGCCAUAUCCGUCUGUUUAAGUAUUCGUCUGUGUUAUGUGAGAAGAAUCUUUUUUCAAAUAAAUGUGGAGCAUUUAGGAAGCGCCCAGUUUCACUUCUGAUGCUUCUGUAGACUCGCUGCUGUUUGUUGGGGUUCGAAUACUUAACACACAGGAUAUAAUAACUUUACAAAAUGACUCAUGAAAAACACGGUUUUAACUAUAGUUUGUUAAUUAUUAAGUUUGUAACCACAGCUGCUGAAUUUCUGAUAACUUAUAACAAAACAGUAAUAAAAACUGUUCAGCCUCGUCUAUAUUAAGAUAGAAAUGCACUUUAAUGUGGCAUAUAGGGGAGGUUUUUAGAUUAUUAAACAGUCCUAAACCAGACCAACAUUUCCGAUUAAAGUUGCCUUGAAAUGUAAUUUAACACUUAUUAUAGAGAAUAAUCAGCUUGUUUUUCACUUAAAACCAGGAAAACAUCCUUUAUUAUGUUAUUUGUUUCAAUAAUUCAAUCAAGUGGUGCCAAAUUACACACAAACCUCCUAUGAAAUUUAAGCCUUUAGCUUUUAUUUUAGUUCUUAGUUGAAGCUUGAAUAAAUUAAAUAAGAUUAAAAAGGUCACGCAGUUGCAGCUUCAAACCAAAACACCACUUGUGCUGCACAGCUUUUUAAAUCUGGCUGCUAACACAAAGAGGGUUCAACAACCUCGAUGGUGCAGGCUCUUCACACCCUGCGUGGUCUCACACACUCAGACAGACAGACAGACAGACAGACAGACAGACAGACAGACAGACAGACAGACAGACAGACAGGAGGCGGCGGAGCAGCUGGUUAUUCUUCUUUAAGCAUGUUUAUUGAAAGUUGUGAAGUGCAGCUGUCAAGUGCAAUUGUGGUAAGUAUGUUACAAUAUCUCAUCCGGUCUUUUUUUUCUUCAGCAGAAACAUGCACAGAAACAUGAGCAUACAACUGAUACACAGAAUGAAAAAGAAAAAACA